UUCAUUGAAGGAAGUGCUGGAAGAAAUAUGAUCAUGAGAGCCAUUGACGAAUAUCACGCAAAGACUUGCAUUAAAUUUGUUCCAAGAACAAGCCAAACUGAUUAUCUUUCAAUCGAAAGUAGCAAUACGGGAUGCUGGAGUAGUGUUGGGAAAAUUGGUAGGAAGCAAUCAGUUAACUUACAACAAAACGGUUGUUUAUCAAAACUUGGAACACCUAUUCACGAACUAAUGCACGCGCUUGGAUUCCUUCAUGAACAAAACCGUGAAGAUCGUGAUCGUUACGUUACAAUUAUGCGCAAUAAUAUUAAGCCUGAAACAUUAACAAACUUUGAGAAAGCGUCAGCUGGUAGUACAACAAGCUAUGGAGUCUCAUAUGAUCAAGGUUCGGUCAUGCAUUAUUCUUCAACAGCUUUUUCAAGGAAUGGACAAAAGACAAUCGUAUCAAAGGGUGAAGAUCAAACGACUGGCAAUGAUUAUAUGAUGGGACAACGUGAAGGAUUUUCUUCAAGUGAUCUUGCGAGAAUAAAUGCGAUGUACAAAUGCGGUGAUAUGCCGAAUCAGGGUGUUAUGCCAGGUUACCCUGCCCCAACUGUACAAAAACCUACUCGACCUGCAAGUUCGGGUGGAUUCACAAAUCCUUUAGCACAACUUACACCAACAUCGGGUGUUGAGAUGGGACAAAGGCAAGGAUUUUCUCAAAGUGACAUAGCAAGAAUCAAUGCAAGAUAUUGUGAAGGUCAAACUGUUCCAUCUACUGGAAGUCAAGGGCCUAAACAACCUGAUGGAAAUCCUGAACCUUUCUAUCCAAAUCCUGAUUUAGAAUAUCCUUAUGGACCUGAAGAAGGAGGUUACCCUGGAGCACAAUAUCCCCCACCACCAGGUUAUCCCCAAGGACCUCCACCACCAGGUUAUCCCCAAGGCCCUCCACCACCAGGUUAUCCACAAGGACCUCCACCGUCAGGUUAUCCCCAAGGCCCUCCACCACCAGGUUACCCUCAAGGACCUCCACCACCAGGUUACCCACAAGGACCCCCACCGCCAGGUUACCCUCAAGGACCUCCACCGCCAGGUUAUCCGCAGGGACCUCCACCGCCAGGUUACCCUCAAGGACCUCCGCCACCAGGUUAUCCAGGAUACCCCCCAAUUUAUCCUGAAUAUGGAUUUGGCCCAGAUCCUUUCAUGGCCCCACAACGUCGUCCAUUUCUGCAAGACAGUAAUAAGGAGCAAUUGGAAAACAUGGAAAAUAAGAUCGUGAAACUUUUCAUUUUAAUGUCAAUCAUUAAAAUCGCUGAAAAUUUUCCUUCUGAAAGCCCUAAAGUUAUUUUGAAGUUGUCACCAUUAAUUUCAAAAACUCCUGACGAGUCUGCAGGCAGAUCAUUGAAGAAGUGGAGUUCAAAGAAAAAUCUCGGAAAUCCUGAAGAACAAGGAAAUUAUUACGAAGGCGACAUUAUUCUUGGUUCAGAAGCACGUAAUGGCGUCAUUUUGAAGUCUCAGAUGUGGGAAGAUGGCAUCAUUCCUUAUGAAAUUGGAGCUGGUUUAACUGAGAAAGAUAAAAAGAUGAUCAAAGAUGCGCUCGACAUCUUCAUGAAAAAAACUUGUUUAAAGUUUGUUAAAAGAACUGAUGAAAAAUCUUACAUUUCUUACAACAACAGCCCAACAGGUUGUUGGAGUUCAGUUGGGAAAGUCAUUGGAAAACAAAUCGUCAACCUUCAAUCGCCAGGCUGCACAGGUAGAAUUGGAACCGUAAUGCAUGAAACAUUACACGCUGUCGGAUUCUUUCACGAACAAAAUCGUUCAGAUCGUGACGACUUCAUUAAAGUUCACGAAGAGAAUAUAAAAAAUGGCGCCUUCAUUAACUUCCAAAAGUUUUCAAUUGAUGACAUCUCAAGCUAUGGAAUUGGCUAUGAUUACAGCAGCGUUCUUCAUUACUCGCCCUAUGCUUUCUCUAAAAACGAAGAAAGGACAAUUGAAGCUUUAGAUGACGAAAAAAUGAACAAUUUGAUGGGACAAAGAAGACGUUUAAGUGAAGGAGAUUUAGCGAAGAUUAAUAGAAUGUAUUGUGAAAACUGA